CAAAAGAAAAAUUCUAUGGAGUCAAAAAAGGGAGUUGUUUACGUAAUUUCUUUGGGGUAAAAAAUUAAGCAAUUUAAAUUUGUAGAAACUUUUUUGUUAAAUUAAUAGUUUUUUUCAAAGCAGUAUGUAAUCAAAAUCAUGUGGCUAAUUAGGCGUUAGAUUAUUGAUCUUACGGUGGUGAUAGCUAAUUGGUGGAUGUCCAAGCCGAAGCAACUUACUUUCACGUCAACCAAUAGCAUUUUGGUGGUUCUCCGUUAGAUAUUUUUAUGAAAACACACUUUUGCGUCUUCCGUAAAACACAAUUUAGGGAUAAUUUGAAACGGAAUGUAUACUAAAGGCAAAGGAUCUACGGUACCAUCAGAUGCACAAGCCCGAGAAAAGUUAGCAUUAUAUGUAUAUGAAUAUUUAUUACAUGUCGGAGCACAAAAAGCAGCACAAACAUUCCUAACUGAAAUAAGAUGGGAGAAAAAUAUAUCGCUGGGCGAGCCUCCUGGUUUUCUACAUUCAUGGUGGUGUGUGUUUUGGGAUUUAUACUGUGCAGCCCCUGAAAGAAGGGAAACUUGUGAACAUUCUAGUGAAGCUAAAGCAUUUCAUGACUAUGGAUUUGUCAAUUCUGGUUACGGUGUUAAUGGAAUCGGACAUAAUGCUGGUCCGGCUCCUAGUCCUAUUGGUCAAAUGCCUCCAAACGACGGAAUGUCGGGAGGAGCAAUGCCUCCGGGCUUUUUCCCACCUUUCAUGGGUGGUCCUCGUUAUCCUCCUGGUCCUAGGCCUGGUGUUAGAAUGCCACAAAUGGGAGGAGAUUUCAACGGACGUAAUUCAUUGCAGCCUCCUGGACAACCUAUGAUGCCAAAUACAAUGGACCCAUCGAGACAAGGUGAAGGCAACGAGUAUGUAGGUUGGCAAGGUCCACCAAGUAUGAGUCCAAUGGCUCCUCGAAUGAAUCCUCCACGAGGCCCGGGUAUGGGACCGAUGGGUCCUGGUUCAUAUGGUCCCGGCGGUAUGCGAGGCCCUCCACCAAACAGUGGCUUAGGUCCAGGUGGCCCAGGUCCUAAUCCUGGUAUGUCGCCCAUGUCAAUGGCUGGUCCAAGUGGCGGAAGACCGGCGUGGCAACCGAAUACGUCAACGCCUAUGAAUUAUUCGUCAUCGUCACCAGGAAAUUACGGAGGACCACCUGGUUCGGGAGGACCGGCCGGACCUGGAACGCCUAUUAUGCCUAGUCCCCAAGAUUCGUCCUGUCAUUCAGGUGGUGAAAAUAUGUACACGAUUAUGAAACCAGUUCCUGGAGGAAGCAUCCCAAAUAUGAAAUAUUCUAUGAUCCAGGAUUUUUCAAUGAGCGGCGGACCUGAAACCGGCGCGUUAGGUCCGAUGGCUCCUAAUUCAAUGGGCCCAGUUAUGAAUGGUGAUGGUCUAGAUGGUAUGAAAAAUUCCCCUGCCAAUGGAGGACCUGGUACGCCUCGCGAAGACAAUAGCGGUGGCAUGAACGAAUACAAUUUAGGUGGUUUCGGUGGACCUUCGGAAAGCAAUUACAGUUAUUAAAUUGGAAACCGCGAUGGAAAAAUAAAUCACAGCCAGUAGCAUAGAAGACUAAAAGAGACACCUUUAUAUAAAUUGUCGUUGGCCGUAAUCCGUAAUUUUCAUCCAAUUUUCGCUAGAAUUACCUAUUUCAUCCAUCGUGUGUAUGUCGUGCUCGCUCGGUUUGUAGAAUGAAUUUUUCUCCACUAAUUUAAAAACUAACUUAGAUUUUUUUCCAAUUGCGAUGAUAUAAUAAUACCUACGUAUGAAUAAUUCUUUUUUUCUUGUCUUCUCUAUUUUUUUUCGCAUUUUGCAUUUUGCAUAAUUUUCAAAACGAUAUUACGUUUAUAAUGUUAAGAUACUAUAAAACCGACUUCAUUUUUUUCUACUUACGAGUAUUUGAUUUUCUAAAACGACGACGUAAAAAUUUGUUGUAAUUUAUUUAAGAAGAAAAUAACGAGAAGUGGCGAAAUCCUUUUUUCUACCGAUUUAAAUCGCUGAAAAGCUGAUAUUUAGGGCUGGAAGAACAUUCGAGUGAUUGUAUGUACAUUGUAUGUAUGUAAAAUGUAAAUGUAUUAAUGAGAAAAUUGUGCUGUCGAAAUGGAAUCGUUAUCGAACUGGAAUUUAGAUUUUGUUGGUAUUUGUGGUUAGAAAAAACGCUUUUUUUUCGCGUUGAAAAUUUCAUUAACUUAUUUGUUCGGAUUGUAAUUUAUCUGGCGAUUCGUCAACGUGUCAUUCUGACUCGUCGUCAUUUAGAUAUUUUUUGAUAUAUUUAUUGAUUAUUCAAUAUUUGGUUUUGUGUGAUCAGGAUGUUUUUUGCACCUCGAAGUGCAGAUUUAGUGCAGAUUUGUGAAGAAAUACUUAUCUUCCUUUUACUUUGCUCAAGUCAUUUUUUUUCUACGUUAGACUUUAAAUUUCUUUAAAGGUCAAUUUUUCAAAACUUCAGCUUGGCCAGAAGUGUAUAAUUUUGAAUUUGAUAAAUUUGAAAGCAAAACUUCAUUUUUAAUUCAUUUUAAAAAAUUCGAUGUGAAGAGUUUCGAUGAACGUCUCAUUAAUUUUCCAAGAAAAAAGACCCCCCCCCCCAUUGCCAAAAAAAGGAUACCUUCGAAAGUUGGUAUUUCGACAUCCCUUCUGUUCUACGACGGUGAUUAUGUAGAUAUUCAACGCCAAAUUUUUAUGUUCAUUUUACCUAAAUGAAAUUCAAACGGGUAAAUAAAAAGAGAGUUGCAAAACCCUCUUGGUUUUCAAUUCAAAGAAUUUCAAAAAAUCCAAAAUAAAUGUAUACUAUUGGACUAUUGCAAAAAACUUGAAAAUUAGAUUCAUCAUGUACAAUUGCCCAUCACGAAGGUGAAUAAAAAAAAUGAUAUGCAUCGUGAAAUAAUGAAAUAAAAAUUGUCAAAUGAGGUACGAAAAAAUUCAAAUUCAUUAAAAUUUUUCCCCUCCCCCAAUGAAAAGACAGUUCGAAUUUCACCCAGAAUACCCGGAAUCGUUGAUCUCUAAAAUCGAUGCCCGGUUUUUUGAAAAUCAGCGAUGAAUUUCAAAGUUCUCUGGUGACAUCCAAAAACAUUGAAAAUUAUGCAUAUUUCCAUUGGAUUCAGAAAAUUAAUUAAGAUGAUCUAUAACACUGAAAAUCUUUGACUUUUUCGAAAAAAUUGGGGGGGGGAUAACCAGGGAUUCAAUAAAAAGUUGUAAGAGGACCUCAAAAUACAAUAUGAAAAUUUUUGAAUCCUUGGAUUGAAGCCUUGAAUCAUUUUUUUUCCACGCGGUUUUCAAAUUUUAAAAUUUGCUUUAUCUAAAUAUUAAAAAAAAAAAAAAAAAUUGGCGAUCAUUGAUUAUAUUACGUAGGCACUUAUAUUCAUUUAAAAGUGAGAAAACCAUUUUUGAAAUUUUUACAGCUUUCCAAAUUCAAAAGUUGUGUAAAAUAACCUAAAACAGUGAAAAAAUUUCAAAAACAGUGUUCUCACUUCCAAGUAAAUAUACUUAAUAUGACCCAUCAUCUAAAAAAAAAAAUGUGUUUCCGAAAAAAACUUUUUUGUUCAUUUGCAAUGAAUAAAUUUCAAAAUUUGAAACCUUGGUAGGAAAGUGAAGGUUCAAGCCAGAGAUCCAAAAUCUUUCCUGUAGUAUUUUGAGGUUUUCCUACAAAUUUUUUAUUGAAUCCUCCCUCCAAUUUUUCAAAAAAAAAUCAAAAACGACCCACCUUAGUGUCCAAUAAAUUCUGCAAAUAUUAAAGAAAAUAUCUUACGUUUGACAAAAGAUGCUUAAUAUCGAAAAACCCUGAAUAAAGAUUUGCAUUUUUCAUUGAAAAUUCGUGUAAAAUUUAUUAAAUCCAGAAAAUACACCGGAACGUAUAAAAGGGGGAGAACAUCUGAAGAACACUAUGCUGAGCCCGUGCAAACAUUUUUGAAAAAAUCUAUCGUAAGUUCUGCCGAAGCCAUGAUUUUUUUUUUUGAAAAAUCGUGCUUUUUUAUUCAAAGAGGGUGAAAAAAAGAAAUAGAAACUGAACUUCAUUAUUCUAGUUCACGAUUCAAUUUUGAAAAUGGCUGUAUGUAUUACAUGAUGGCUGAUUUUUAAAAAAUGUUUCGAAUAAUUGUGCCAAAAUGUAAAUUAAUUUCUACUCAGAUAUGAUGGGCGGGGGAAGGGGGGAGUCCAAAUAUUAUUUUUGAAGAUUUUUCAAAAAUUUAUGCAGCUGUGCGUAUUUUUUUGAAAUGUUUGGCACCCUGAAGCACGCAGUUUUCUCAGAUUUGAGUCAAAAUCGUGCAUUAGUUGAAUGAAAAUUCGUAUUUCGUGGGUUCGGAAUCUGCAUAGAGUUGAAAAAAUCACCUUCAGUUGCUGCACAAAAUGUUUUCACGUGUUUGAAUUUCAUUUAAUUUGACGAAUUCCAGUUCAGAUGAUUCACUCGACAAAUAAUCGGAAUGAGAAUUUUUAUUUUCAUGAGCUUUUUCUCCUUCUCCCUUCGAUUUGUUGACUGUGUAAAAAAAGAAAUAUCAGAAAGUCACUAAGCAGUAUUUUACGAAAUGUGUCUUGUAUAUGUUUAUGUAAUGUUAAUUAAUUUGUGUCGAUUUAACGUGAUAAUAUUGAAAUAAUUUAUAUGGCGACGAUUGAACAGUGAAAUUACGAUAUCGGAGUGAUUUUCAUAAUAUGCGGCAUCCAACGCAACGUGUCGUGUUUUGUUUUUCUUUCAAAAAAAAAAAAAAAAAAAAACAGUUAUUAAACUGGAGAGAGAAAGAGAAAAAAAAGGUUAAAAUGUGAAGAUUUAAUUCCUGUUUCAAUUGGGAUUUUUCCCAUAUGUACCAGUGUACCUUUAAAACGAAUCAGCCAAUCGAGCUUAAUAAACGUUAAGAAACGAACGAGUGGGCAGGAGGAGGGGACAGAUGUUAAUUCAAUUGAUGCAGCGUGUUUCUUGUUCGUAUACUUUGUAAUCGAAAAUGACAUUUUUUUUGUUUGGAGGAAACUUCUUAUUAUUAAUGUUAAAUAUACUGGAAAAAUUGAAUUGUGUCUAGUAGGAACUCGUCUAAUCAAGUUGCCACUGUUUGAAAAUCAUAAAACGAGGAUUUUUUUUAUUGGUUGAAAUCACGAUGACAUUUUGAUGUGGAUUUUUUCUCUUUUCCUCUCCCUUUUCUUUUUGUCUCAGUACGAAAAAUGCAUUCUUCUUUAACUUGAUUAAUAUUUUCGUAUUUAUUUUAAUAAUUGUUUUCUUCUUAUUUUUUUUUUUUUAGUUUAAAUCUCGUUAAUUUUACCUUGAUUAUCUGUGAUAAUUUUUUUGUUUUAUUUUAACGUAAGUCGCGAGUAGUUAUGGAUGUUUUUUUUUGAGUGAGAGUUUUAUAAAAUUGAUUUUAACCAACGGAUAUGGAUUGAUUUUUAUAGAUAAAAUCGUAGAUAAUUGAAAUACCUAAUUUUUAAUCCAACUUGGGUCUCUCUGUGGAAAAAAGAAUGAUAAUUUUGUUACUCAGAAUACUCGUUUUUGUGAGGGUAUAAGCAAUCUAUUAUUUUCAUACCGAAUAAGAAAAUAUUUUACGGUGUUUUUGAUCAGUAUUGAAAUUGACUCGUUUUUUUAAGUUAAUUUCGUAACGAAAUGGGAAAAAAUAAUGUAACUUAGUCGCUGUGUAUAACGAUACGUACCUUCAUAGGUUGUUUAUUUCUUCGUUUUUAUCUUGUUUUUCGUUUUGUUUUACUCGCUCCCGAUUUGGGAACUCAUAAUACUCAUCGAUUUUCUUUUAAUUUAAUUGUCAAUUAAUUUUGCGAUAAUUUAUAAUCGUGAAAAAAGAGGGACUUGUUCGAUAGCUAAAGAGAUUAUGAUAUUGCUGAUGUUCAAUGAAAAUGAGGUGAUUUGUGUGUAGAUGUCGUUUCAACUCCCUUUUAAGCCUGGCAUUACGUCUGUCUUUUUUUGUGAAAUAAAUUUGUAAAUUUCUUUAGGAAUAUUAAUUUUUAAGAUGUACGUGUGUAACAUGUUACUGUGUUUUUGCCUUGAUAAGUUUUUAUGUGUAUUACAUACGGUUUAUUGCUCAGUGUUAUUUGUGAUGUUAAUUGUGUUUUCAGUAUUUAUGACGAAUAAAUGUAUCAUUAUUUU